AUGGGCAAGCCAGUCAAACCCACAGCCGGCGGCCAGAAAUCUGCUCCAAGCAUGUCCAUCCAACUAAAGAAGGCUCGCGAACAAGCCAUGCGCGCCGGCCAAAUACCCAACGAUCUCGGUCUCCUACCGGACACCUUCAUCCAACCUCGCGGCAAAAACCUACCAUCCUGGUUCACCAACUUCAACGGCCGUUGGGUCAUGGAGAAGCGGAAGCUCAAGCUCCGCUCAGUGGAAUUCUUCAGCGCGGUCAUGUAUCGAUACUUCAUGGUGCGGCCGCGUCCGAGGUUAGAACUGGGCAAGAUCCCGGGGAUAGCGAAGGACUUGCAUCGAGAGAUGUACGAGCGGUUUGCAGCGGGUGAUCUGACGCCGAUGGAGGGGAGGAUCUGCGACGGGAUGUUAGGGAGUUUGAAGAGGAGGAUGGCGCAGCGGGCGCCGAAUACGAGGUUGUUGUGGACGGUGCAUAGGUACCUUUCCAGUCCCAAGAGGAUGAGUUAUAAGGCUGCUGCUAUGCCGAGGCAGAAGGGUGCGACGCUGGCGGAUGCGAGUGGGUUGGUGCAGGCGGUGGUUAGGAUUCACUCGUUGCAGUCUCUGCAGCAUGUUAAGAAGAUUUCGGAGAGGGGAGAGCGUGGAAAGAUGACGGUGAGGGAGGUUGUGGUGGAUGCGCAGGGGCGGGAGACGCCGCUGGACGAGUUUGUGAAGAAGCAGGCGGAGGUUGGUGUGCCGGAGGGCGCGAAGGAGACGAUCGAGUAUCUCGUUGUACAGAAGAAUCUGAGGAAGGGCAAGGAGGGUCCGUGGAUCGUGUGGGGGACGGUGGAGGAGACUACGCUGGAUAAGGUCAAGAAGCAGGGCCGUAAGAGUCUGAUGCAGCUGUAUCAGAAUGAGGUCUGA